GAUAGAUAUCAAUCUGCUUACAUAAUCAUACUGAGAGCUCAAGGUUGCACUUAUUGAAACAGCUUCAUCAACAAGAUCAUCUCGCACGCAUCACCACUUUCCAACCACAAAAGUCAAGAUGCGGUAUUCGAUUGCUGGAUCGCUAUUAUGCUGCGCUGCUGCAGUGCAAGCAUUUAAAGAUACAUCACCUUUCCUUUUAUUCUCAUCGUCAGAAUUACCUGCUUCGAUGCAAAUUGAGAGUCAAGAAUUAGAUACUACUUCAUCAGUCCUUCAAAAUGCCAAGAGCUUUCUUUCGACUUGCCCCUCUGAUGUCUACAUCAUCAUCCAACAAGAUGCUCUCGCCGCCUCUGAUUUCUCGGCUCCAGAAUCCGUUCCUCACAUGAAAGCCGCUGUUGCGGAUUCGAGAGUUCGGGCUACUUAUAGCGUUAUGGAUGUCAUACACGAAGAUGGAAAUCUGGCUGCCGAAUUGGCAGAAUAUAUUGAGAAGACAUGCGGCCAGAAAGUCGAACGACGUGGAAUUGUUGGCUCGGAGUCUACUGAUGCAACUGGAAAUGGUGUCAUUGUAUCACAUUUAGAGGCGUUGUCGACUGAGAAAGUAGCAAGAGCUGAGGAAUUCAAUGACCAAGAUUACAUGCUCAACAAUGUUUACUACCAACAUCUCCCCAGUGGUCCAGAAUACACCGUCAUUUUUACCACCACACCUGUCGGCUCUGUCCUCGAACAACACAAUUCCGAAUUGCCAGUCUAUAAUGCAGAGUUCGAUUCAACUUCCCAUAUUGAUUUAAAGCGAGAUUUCAGAAUCAGAGCAGACAAUUCAACCACGGAACCAGAUCGUAGACCACUCUUCGAGAAAUAUCAAUAUUUCACUCCAGGUAUUUUCAUGGGUUUGGUGGUUGGUAUCCUCCUUCUUAGUAUCUUGUAUGUGGGAUUGAGUGCAGUAUCCAGUCUCCAGGUUUCAUAUGGAGCAUUUGAUAAGGAGAUGGGACCAUCUGCGCAAAAGAAACAGCAGUAAUUUAUGGGUGGAGACGCUAGGAAGGAGAUGAAAGAUUGAUUGUGGAAAGGCAAGGGAAGGAUGAAUUGGAAUUGGAAUUGGAGUUUUUGCGAAGUAAAGCUAGUGUAUGUAUGAUUUUGUAUGUAUAAAGUAUGCAUGGGUACUCAAUAAAUGGUAUGGGAUUUUUGAAUUUGUCUUCUCGUUUUUCUUGUGAUACAUGU